AUGUCGAGAGCAUCUAAGGAAGCUGCAAAUGCAAACCCGCAUAUGGAUCUCGACCCCAAAUACGACGACUACGAUUUUCCCACCACUGCCCCCGAGGCUCGACCUGGUCACCCCGGCCACACGACCAAAGAACAGGAUGCUCAAGUACACCAGCUCAGGGCAAUGCUGGAACAAGAUGGCUACAAGGAGAGAUUGGAUACCUUGACAAUGCUGCGCUUUUUGAGAGCUCGCAAGUUCAAUGUCCAGCUUGCCAAAGAAAUGUUCGUCAAGAACGAGCAGUGGCGGAAAGAAUUCGGUGUCGAUGAACUGGUUCGAAACUUCGACUACAAAGAAAGAAAGCAAGUGUUCCAAUAUUACCCACAAUACUAUCAUAAGACGGACAAGGACGGACGCCCUGUAUACAUCGAACAAUACGGAAAGAUCGAUCUCACCGCCAUGUACAAAAUUACCACCGCCGACCGCAUGGUUCAGAACCUAGUCGUCGAAUACGAAAAGGUCGCCGAUCCACGACUUCCAGCUUGCUCGCGCAAGGCCGGCAAAUUGCUUGAGACUUGCUGUACUAUCAUGGACAUGAAAGGAGUGGGCGUGACCAAGAUUCCUUCGGUCUACGGCUACCUGAAAUCCGUCAGUGCCAUCUCUCAAGACUACUAUCCUGAGCGACUUGGUCGCCUAUACAUCAUCAACGCACCCUGGGGUUUCAGCAGCGUCUUCAGUGUUGUCAAAUCCUUCCUCGAUCCCAUCACUGUCGCGAAAAUCCACGUUCUCGGCUCUGGCUAUCAAAGCGAGCUUUUGAGCCAGGUUCCUGCCGAGAACCUUCCGAAACAAUUCGGCGGGAAAUGCGAUUGCACUGGAGGAUGUGAAUAUAGCGACGAGGGCCCAUGGCGGGACCCUAAAUAUGCUAAGCCUCCAAAAUGGGCCAAGGAGGAUCCUAUCACUGGCAAGACAUCUGGUGAUAUCGUUCAGCCUGCGCCCACUGACAAUGCUCAGGAUCCAAUAACGCAAGGUAACACACCAGCUCUGGCUACAGCACCAGCACAUGCAGAGAAUCUCCCUUCUGAAGGACCCAAAAUGCCUCUAGAACCCUCCGAGGGCUGA